AUGAAUACUGUGAUCAAUCCUGUGCUUGCAUGUGAUGACCGGAGCCUCAAGAGGGCGCUAGAGGACCUGGCCAGCUCUAUCCAGAUCAUGACCGAAGCUCUCAAGCAAAUGCAUGCUCAUGUUGAUCCUGCAACAUUUUACGGAAUGAUUCGUAUCUUCCUAUCUGGCUGGAGGGAUAACUCCUCCAUGCCGGAGGGGCUGGUGUACGAAGGCGUGCAGGAAGACGCCUUGCACUAUUCGGGGGGCAGUGCAGCUCAGAGCAGCGUCCUGCACUAUUUCGACGAGUUACUGGGGGCGAGACACAGCAAGGACAGCGCUGCUUUCCUGAACAGGAUGCGAGACUACAUGCCUUCCUCCCACAAGCAGCUGGUGCUGGACAUCUCCACAGGGCCGUCACUGCGGCACUACGUCCUGGACUCUGGGAACCCGGAACUGAGGGGUGCUUUCAAUGGCUGCGUGGCUCAGCUCGUGGCCCUCCGAAACUAUCACAUCAUGUAAGUCGUGGUAAGCCGAUUCAUCACCCUCCCGGCAGCCCGGGCGAGGGAGAGGAGGAGCAGAGCCGAUCCCUCCACCGAGAUCCUCACUCGAGCCCCCUCCUUGCUGGAGGAACGAGGGACCGGGGGCUCUGGGGUCAUGAGCUUCCUGAAGAGCAUCCGGGACACCACCAAAGUGGCCACGAUACCAUGGGAUGGAAACGAGACUCCCACUGCAUAGCAGUUUGAUCUAUUCCUGGUUUUACUAUGAGUUUAAUAA